AUGCUCCGUGAGGCCGUGGAGGAGAGCGCCCCUGCGACGGACGACGGUGGCAGGGCGAUGGAAGCGAGUUGCCCUGCGGAGGCAGAGAGAGCCGCCAUUCCGGAGCGGCGGCACCUGCUGCUGUCCUUCGUGCCCGGUGCGGCCUACGAGCAGCUGGAGGCGCUGAAGGCCGCCAUGCCUGAGCGGCCGCAGCUGCUGCGGUCGCUCGUGCCCGGUGCGGUGUACCAGCAGCUGGAUGCGCUGGGGUCCGGCUCGUACUUCGCCAGAGGAGUGGAGGAGUGGGGGCGCUGGGGCUGGGGGCAGAGAGCCGCCGCCGCGUCAGCGGCCGUGCUCUUGCUCGGAGCCCUGCUGGCGUUCGCCUGUCUGGCUCCAGGCAUGUCUGGACAUGGUGGCGGCGUGCACGCCGGCUCUGCCACGCCGAACGGCGGCGGGGCCUUGACGUCGCUGUCGGAGGACCACCCCGCCGGGGCCACGCAGAUCCAGGUGGAGUCCUCGCAUGGCUUCGAAAUAGGAGACGUAAUCACGAUCUCGCAUCCCGCCAACGGAGGGUAUUCGGAGGAGAGAGAAAUAGUGGACAUGGGCUCAAUCAUCCUCAACAAGCCGCUCGAACACGAGUACCCCGCUGGCUCCAAGGCAGAGGAGGAAGCCUUUCAGGCGAGCCCUGAAAAUUCUGGGCCGACGGUCAUAUCCUUCUACCUGUACCGGGCGUCUGGCGACACUAACUACCCGCUGGAAAAUGUAAAUGUCGGGAAUCUGGCGGGGGUGCUGUGGUACCUUCACAAUGAGAUCGUGGUUUCCCCCAUGCGGAAGUACAAUAUAGACAGGAUCAAAAGAUUCAAGAUCAGGAUGAAGCCCGUGGUGGAGUUCUGGAACGUGCACCACGCUAAUUUCGGACCCUUCAUGGCCUACGACGCUGCGAGGUGCAGCACGCCGUCUUGCAAAGACGUCUACGACCUCUACGGCUACAUUGUCGGGUGCCAGAGCGUGAC